AUGUCCUCAUCAACCACCAACCAACCACCCCAACCCCCCAAACAAGCCGCCUAUAACGCCCAAAACCCAGUGACCCAGAACCCGCUCGAGCAACGAACCUCUCUCCACGACCAUGGCCAGCUCCACCAGGGCCGACGAUACGGCGACUCCGUGCCUUCCAUAACCCGCGGAGCGGAGUCAUCUCCAUCUAACCCGUCCGCGCUCUCGCAGAUGCAAAAACGCCAUGAACAAGAGCGCAACACGGUGCAGAAUGCCGAGGAGGUGGAUCUGGAGUAUGGGGUGGAGCAGCAGCCGAGGGAGGGCGAUAUCGCGGCGGCAGUGAAGGGGAGACGAGAGCAGGCGGGGGCUCAUGCGGGUGCCGUGGGGAGUCAGCCGGGGCCUGGGUAUACGAGGUACGGGGAGAAGGGGUUGGCGGCAGAUAUGGGGAGGAAGAGGGAGGAGCAUGAUCGGGUGCUUGGGGAGAGGGUCGGGCAGUCGCCGCCGGAGCCGGAUGGGGAGACGGCGGAGAGGGAGGCUGUGAGGCAGAGGAAGUUGGAGAAGGAUAGGGAGUUGGAUGUAAAGGGGGCAGUGCAGGAGGGAACGGGAGAUCGAGUUGUUGGGUAG